AAUCGGACUCAGAAAAUGCUAUAUUCCUAUUUGCAGGCUCUUAUGUAUCCUCUCCUUGUAGCAUGUAAAUCAAUAAGUAAUUUGCGCAAAGCUGCAGCUCAAGAAGUAGUUGACAGAGUUCGGCAACAUAGUGGUGUGCUUGUUCAUCAGGCACAACUUGUAUCUCAGGAACUAAUCAGGGUUGCCAUACUUUGGCAUGAGACGUGGCAUGAAGCACUUGAAGAAGCUAGUCGACUGUAUUUUGGUGAACAUAACAUUGAAGGGAUGCUAAAGGUUUUGGAGCCAUUACAUGAAAUGCUCGAGGAAGGGGCUAUGAGAACUAGUACCACCAUAAAAGAGAGAGCAUUUAUUGAGGCAUACCGCCGUGAAUUACUUGAAGCCUAUGAGUGUUGCAUGAAAUAUAAGAGAACUGGGAAGGAUGCUGAGCUUAUUCAGGCAUGGGAUCUUUAUUAUCAUGUAUUUAGACGGAUAGAUAAGCAGCUCCAAAGUCUCACUACCCUCGACCUGCAAUCUGUUUCUCCAGAAUUGUUAGAAUGUCGCGACUUAGAGCUCGCUGUUCCCGGGACAUAUCGUGCUGACUCUCCAGUUGUGACGAUUAAGUCAUUUGCACCUCAGCUUGUGGUUAUAACAUCUAAACAGCGACCCAGGAAAUUGACAAUUCAUGGAAGUGAUGGUGAUGAGUAUGCCUUUCUGUUGAAGGGACAUGAAGAUUUGCGCCAAGAUGAACGAGUCAUGCAG